AAACAGAAUUUGGUAUGAAACCCAACUCCUAACGAUUCCCAAACUGCACGCACACUAACCAAAUGCAUAAAUAUAAUCUAUCAAUGUCCUACACUUUGUAUUAAAAUAACCAUAUCUUUCAAGACAUGGGUUUACUUGAAGGUUUAAAAACGAUUGAUAUUGAACGGGAAUCAUUCCCAGUUUACCAAGAUUUUCUACUCCUUCCUUUGUUUGCCAUCUUCUUCCCAACUGCUCGAUUUUUUCUCGACAGACUCGUUUUCGAGGGUAUAGGAAGGCGGUUAAUAGUUAACGAAAGGCUAAAAAUAGAGACAGAUGAAAGGAACAUGAGAAUACAGAAAUUUAAGGAAUCGGCAUGGAAAUGUUUAUAUUAUCUGUCUGCAGAAAGUCUAACCUUGGCUGUAACUUACAACGAGCCAUGGUUCACUAAUACUAUCAACUUUUGGAUAGGCCCUGGCAAUCAGAUAUGGCCUGACCAAAAAAUGAAGUUGAAACUGAAAGCCGUAUACAUGUAUGCUGGCGGAUUCUACACAUACUCCAUAUUUGCUUUAAUUUUCUGGGAAACAAGACGGGCAGAUUUUGGUGUGUCCAUGGGUCAUCAUUUUGCAUCCGUUCUUCUUAUUUCAUUGUCGUAUAUAUGCAGGUUUGCUCGUGUUGGGUCGGUUGUCUUGGCUCUUCAUGAUGCGAGCGAUGUGUUUCUUGAAAUAGGGAAGAUGUCUAAAUACAGUGGAGCUGAAAACCUUGCAAGCUAUUCAUUCUAUUUGUUUGUCUUGUCCUGGGUAGUGUUUCGCCUUGUAUAUUUCCCAUUUUGGAUCCUGUGGAGUACAAGUUAUGAAGUGGUUCAAACUUUGGAUAAAGCCAAGGAAACUCCAGAGGGACCAUUAUACUAUUAUGUGUUUAACACUCUGCUUUUCUGCUUGCUUGUUCUUAACAUAUAUUGGUGGGUGCUAAUAUUUCGGAUGAUUGUUAAACAGAUCCAAAAUAGAGGCCAACUUAGUGACGAUGUUCGUUCUGAUUCUGAAAGUGAUAAUGAACAUGAAGAUUGAGCAUCAGUAUAGUAUCAUUCUAUUACCAUGUAAUUUAUUAGGUACUUGUAAAUCAUGACA